CAACCCUGAUUCAUCACCGUAAGCAACUAACAUGUCCUACGACGAUAUCGAGAGCGCGACCCCCGACAUCGUGAUCGGAGAUAGUCUUCCCGAAGAAGAGUAUGAAAUCCAAUACGAACAUGAUGUCGAAAGCGAUACCGAACACAUUGAAGAACCUGAAGACGAAAAGAAGGGCAAAAAAUCGGUGUCUUUUGCCGGUAUAGAAGAGGAAUUCGACGAAGAACAGGCCAAGAGAGAGUUCGAAGAAGGUGGAGGUUUGCCCGAACAGCCAGAAAACCCUGAUUUCUCCGAGUUAACUCCGUUGUCAGCAGAUAUUAUCAACAGACAAGCCACCAUCAACAUUGGUACCAUUGGCCAUGUGGCUCAUGGGAAGUCCACCGUGGUCAGAGCCAUCUCCGGAGUUCAGACGGUCCGUUUCAAAGAUGAGUUGGAAAGAAACAUUACCAUUAAAUUGGGUUAUGCCAAUGCUAAGAUCUAUAAAUGUGAUAACGAAGACUGUCCUCCUCCUGGAUGCUACAGAUCAUUUAAGAGUGAUAAGGAAAUAAGACCAAAGUGUGCGGUUCCUGGAUGUCCCGGCACUUACAAGUUGGUCAGACAUGUGUCGUUUGUUGACUGUCCUGGGCAUGAUAUUUUAAUGAGUACCAUGUUAUCGGGAGCAGCGGUGAUGGAUGCUGCUUUAUUGUUGGUAGCCGGUAAUGAGAGUUGUCCACAACCACAAACGUCUGAGCAUUUGGCUGCCAUUGAAAUCAUGAAGUUGAAACAUGUGAUUAUUUUGCAGAACAAGGUGGAUUUGAUGAGAGAAGAAAGUGCUUUAGAGCACCAAAAGUCGAUUUUGAGAUUCAUCAAGGGUACCAUAGCCGAUGGGGCCCCUAUUGUUCCAAUCUCCGCCCAAUUAAAGUACAACAUUGAUGCCGUCAACCAAUUCAUAGUCAACUAUAUUCCAGUUCCAAAGAGAGACUUUUUGGCAUCUCCAAGAUUGAUUGUUAUCAGAUCUUUUGAUGUCAAUAAGCCUGGGGCCGAAAUCGAUGACUUGAAAGGGGGUGUCGCCGGAGGUUCCAUUUUGAAUGGUGUGUUUAAGAUUGGUGACGAAAUCGAAAUUAGACCCGGUAUUGUAACCAAGGACGAUAACAGCAAGAUCCAGUGUAAACCCAUCUUCUCCAAUAUAGUGUCAUUGUUUGCUGAGAACAAUGAUUUGAAGUUUGCUGUUCCCGGAGGAUUGAUUGGUGUGGGUACCAAGGUUGAUCCUACCUUGUGUAGAGCUGAUAGAUUGGUGGGUCAAGUGGUGGGUGCCAAAGGUGACUUACCAUCUAUUUACACCGACAUAGAAAUCAACUAUUUCCUUUUGAGAAGAUUGUUGGGAGUUAAGACUGACGGUCAGAAGGGUGCAAAGGUCCGGAAAUUGGAGGCUGGUGAGGUGUUGAUGGUUAAUAUUGGCUCCACUGCCACCGGUGCCAGAGUGGUGGCAGUUAAGGCAGACAUGGCUAGAUUGCAAUUGACGUCUCCAGCAUGUACUGAGGUCAACGAAAAGAUUGCUCUUUCUAGACGUAUAGAAAAGCACUGGAGAUUGAUCGGAUGGGCUAGUAUUAAAAAGGGUACUGCCUUGGAACCAAUGGCAUAGACAACAUGUAAUUAUAGUUUUGUAUAUUUCUUCUUCGUCUACUAUAUAAUCAUUUUCACAGCUGUAGAGUCAAAUAGUACUUGGUAGAACCUCGAAGAGCGAUCGGAACUGCUGGAAUAUCUCCGAGUUCAAAAACUUGGGGAACGAGUCGAUCUCCAUGAGGCCGUACAAUGAGUUGACAAGUUCGUUUCCAAUGGGUGCAAAAGACAAUAGCGAUUUGUAGAUUUCUCGAAACUCUUCGUCUCGUGCUGAUGUUGGAGGAGUAUUACCAAGAUAUGUUCUCCUCGACCUACCUGGUGCAAGGUCUCUCAAGCUGAACACCGACUCAUCAUCGUUGAGCUCUAGACAUGGAAUACGCACCUCACGUUCUGAAAGUUGCGUAGAACGACUUCGCUGCAAGGAGCAGAAACUUGACAGCAGAGGUUUCUCACCAGACAGUUGGUCCUUGAUUCCGGGGUUGUGGGCCACCACUGUCAUGGGAGAUUCAAGGGAAGAAGAACACAUAAACUCUGCAUUGUUGUUGAAGUUGUAGAUGUUGUCAAAAGCCUUAUCGUUGCCUACCAACACGUCUGAGAUGCGCUUUCUCAAGUUGUAGUUGAUAUUCAACACAAACGGAGCUUUGGGGGACAAAUACGUAAAGUAGAUGUGGUAGAUGGUUGCGAGGCAGUCAUUGGACAACUUCAAGACCUGACUCUUGUAGAUGUUGGAACCCUUGUCGAAGUUGAGGUCAAUGUAGUUUAAAAGCUUGGACAACAAGUUGACUUUUUUUAAAAACAACUUCAACCGGUCGUAUGCAUUGAUAUUUUCCGCACAGUACUCAUUGACCAAGUGGAUUCUGAAAAGAUACUUCAACCCCAGAUCGUUCAAGACAUCUGUGAGCUUUGAAAUAUCGUCAAAAGAGGACUGGCACUCGCGAGAGUUGACAGCCAGU